GUGGAACCAGCAAAAUUCUGAAAAAUUUUAUUAAGAAAGAAGGAGAGUAAAAUUAGAAAUCCAUUUUUGUACAACUCUAAUAAAUAAAUAGUGUUCAAUUAGGAAUCUUUUUCAGUAAUGGAAAAGAACAGAAUCUCUCAAUGAUUAUCACGGGUUUCCAUAAUUGAUUUGAAGACAAGUUUUGGACACUAUUUAUUCUGAGUCGCCAAAAAAAAAAAAAAAGGUUACUCUUUAUCUUCCUACAUACUUCACAGAAUUGCAAUUAUAUUGAAGAAGAUGGGGACAGGAAAGAAGAAGAUUGAGUUAAAGAUGAGGGAGACAGAAGAACAAAGAAUGGUGACAUUCUCAAAGAGACGCAAGGGUCUCUUCAAGAAAAUCAGUGAACUUCACUGUAUGACCGGUGCCGAGACCGCCAUCAUCGCUUUCUCGCCGGCCGGCAAGCCUUACACACACGGCGAACCCUCCUUCAAUUCUACAAUGGGCCGUUUUAUAGGAUAUAACGAAGAAGACGACUAUGAUAAUGACGAUACAGAUACGUUCAAGUCAUUGUUGGAAGCUAUACAAGUUGAUGAUUAUUGGGACCCAGAUGAACUAGGUUCGUUGAAGCAAAAAUUAAAGGAGAUCUGUGGGAUAUUAGUUAGUAGAAGGGAUGAUAAUGUAUAAUUAACAAUGACUUUAUAGUUUUUUUUUUCCUG